CCAACUCUCCCCUUCGUAGGAACCGUCCCCCUCAUCCCACUCAUCACUUCCCUUUUCCUCUCUCUCUCUCUCUCUCUCCACUUUCUCUUUCUACACCAGUUAUAUACUUUUGUAUCUCUCUCUCUCGUCUCUCUCCUACAUGCGAGACGAUCACAAUGGGCUUGUGUUUCUCCCGCAAGGAGGUCAUUAAGAACAGGCCAUCCAAGCGUAUCUCCAACCACUCCGCGGCGGUUCCCGCCGGCGGCGGCGGUCCGAGCAAGUGGGCCAGAAUCCGGUCGUCGUCGUCGAGGAGGGAGAAAUUCGACGAGUCGGUGAUCCACGAGCGAGCUCUGGCCGCGGCGAUUCUGUUCCAGCAGCAGCUGCAGCAGCAGAACGGCGGCGCGGUGCAGUUUGAUAGGUCGACCUCGCUGCGGUACCCGUCGGGCGUGAGUUCGAGGAGGCAGUCGUCGGGUCUGGGGAGGAGCUCGAGCUCUAGGGCUAGGUCCUUGACUGAUCCUCUUCUUCAGCCUCACCAGCUUGUUAAUCAGGAUGUGAAGCUUGAGGAUCUAGAGACCAGCCAUUUUGUCCUUGUCCAUGGAGGUGGUUUUGGUGCCUGGUGUUGGUAUAAAACAAUAGCACUUUUAGAAGAAGGGGGAUACAAAGUAACUGCGAUAGAUCUAACUGGCUCUGGGGUUCAUUCAUUUGAUACGAACAGCAUCACAAGUCUUCCACAAUACGUGAAGCCCCUUACAAAUUUUCUUGAAGGACUUGGUGACGGGGAGAAGGUGAUUUUGGUCGGACAUGAUUUUGGUGGUACAUGCAUAUCAUAUGCAAUGGAGUUGUUUCCUCAUAAAGUUUCCAAGGCUGUUUUCAUUGCUGCAACAAUGUUGACUAGCGAACAAAGUACCCUUGAUAUGUUGUCCCAAAAGGCAGAUUCAAAUAAUCUGAUGCAACAGGCGCAGAUAUUUCUAUAUGCCAAUGGGAACACUCACCCUCCAACUGCUAUUGAUUUUGAUAAGUCACUACUUAGGGACUUGUUAUUCAACCAGAGUCCUGCCAAGGAUGUUGCGCUAGCAUCUGUCUCAAUGAGGCCAAUCCCUUUCGCACCAGUUCUGGAGAAGCUCUCUCUUUCGGACAAGAAGUACGGCUCUGUGAGGCGAUUUUACAUAGAAACUCAAGAAGACAAUGCCAUACCUAUCACACUACAGGAAAGCAUGAUAAACAAAAGCCCUCCCGAACGGGUUUUUCGACUUAAAGGUUCCGACCACUCCCCCUUCUUCUCAAAACCUCAAGCCCUACACAAGCUCUUGGUAGAGAUCUCAAAGAUCUCAUCAACUUAGCCCCUCAUUCAAGCAUUAUUGUGUUCCCAUACGUUUCUUAGAGUUUCUAAUUUAUUACUACCUGAAGAAUGUUCAUAUUUGUGCCAGUGAUACUUCAAUUUUUCCACGGGUGUUAGUGUUCAUAAGAAAUGUUAGGGUUUCUUCUUCUUCUUCUUCUUCUUCUUCUUCUUCUUCUUCUUUUCUGCGGUAGUGAAAUGAUUAGUGAACGGUUAUGUAGCGGGUUUUCCGAGCAUUUUGGUUUGGACGUUGAUUCCUUCUCUUCAAUAAAAUGCAAUGACGAAAUAUCAAUGUAGGAAUC